AUGGAUCCUUUCAGUGACAGCGGCGAACUGUAUCAGCUUAAACAGCAAUUCUAUGCUGCCAAGUACAAUGAUCUGGCAAGUGCCAACUUGGAGGACUUGAUUUUCUCCAAUGAGGAGAAUAAAUACAGAGCAUACCAGCUCCAAAUUAGAUCCCUUUUGGCUUUAGGCAAAUACGAUGAGGCUGCGUCCGAGAUAGCUAAGGUCUCAGUGGAUGAACCACUGGCAUCCGAGUUUAAAGCCUUGCAAGCGUACACAGAUUUUCUGAAAAAUGGAAAGACCAAGUUAGAGGACUUGGAAACCCUCGUCUCUUCCAAUAGUGACAACGAAACGAUAAACCUGCUUGGCGGACUUUACUACGUGACGUUAGAGGAUUUCGAUUCCGCGAUCUCGUUAUUGUCUUCUUCACAAGGCUUUGAGAAUAUCUCAUUGCUUGUUUAUGCACAUCUGUUGCUGAACAAGACCAAAGAAGCUGCAAAAAUCUUGUCCAACUUCAGCCAAAUUUCUCAGGAUAACGUUGUGUUUACACUUUCGCAAUCGUGGUACGACCUGAUCGGUUUCGACGAGUCGUUGAAGUCUGCUUACUACUUUUACGACGAGCUUUCCUCCAACGAGAACACGGUCAGCACCAAAAACCUGCUUUGCUUGUUCAUCUCCAACAUGAAACUUUUACAUUUUCCGGAGGCACAGGAUGUUCUGAACAAGAUUGCGGAGCUGGGGGACGAAGGAGUCAAGGAUUGGAAGACGCAUUUGCUGAUCAAUAGAAUUUCUUUCGAGAUUCUUCAAGGCAACGAGUACAAAGAGUUGCUCGCCGAGUUGAAGAGAAUUGACCCUACCUGCGGUUAUCUUGAGGACUUAAAAGAGAAGAACCAGACGUUCGACUCUAUCGUCGAAAAGUAUGCUGUUUAG